UGCAAUUGACUGUCUGCUUGCACUGUUGACAUUUUCCAGGUGACAGUUUUCAUCAUUACCUUUCCUUUUCUUGACUUAGAUAUUUAAAUGCAACCAUUUAACUUGUUAAUAUGACACACGAAGAGCAUUUCUUUUCAGUUUCUAUUGUUUACAUUGAAAUAUUUCCAUUGGUAUUUCUUACCUUGUAAAUUCCAAUAGAUUUUCAUUAUUUUACAACUGAAGGAAUCCAAAUCCAUAUUUAAGGAAACAAAUGACGUCAGAAUGACGUAUUUGUAGAGAAUUUCAUAUGAAUUUAGUUGUUUUAUUGAGUGUUAUUUUUUUAGGUGAAAUCGCUAUUGAAUAUUUCAACAAUAUUUUUUGAUAAAUUGUUUGACGCAGAAAAUGGGAGAAAACGAUUUUGUGGAAUAUUUAGUAUUUUUACUAAACGCUGACAUAUUUCUGUUGCGUAACUAAGCUAAUAACAUUUAAAAACAGCAUGGAAAAUGAUACAGAAACUGAAGUAUUAAAAGAUGCACCAUUUUUUACUAAUGCUCGGAUUAUUAAAAAUGUUUUGCUGCUAUCAAUUGCAUUUCUAUUAAUAUGUACUUCAGUUGAUGGUUUGCAGAUGUUGCAAAGUACUCUGAAUAGGAAUGAGGGAAUAGGCGUUGUUUCCAUCGCAAUCCAAUUUGCAUUUGGAUGUAUAAUAGCUCUUUUUUUCAUGAAAUAUUCAAUUUUGAAGUUAGGAACUAAAAUGACUUCAACAUUUUGCAUACUAGCUCAUAUACCCAGCACAGUGGCAAAUUUUUAUCCUCACUGGCUGAUCAUGAUUCCUUCUUAUGCAAUUAUGGGUAUUGCAGCUACCCUUUUAUGGGGAUCAAACAGUGCAUACUUAAACGAAAUAUCGAACAAGUACGCUUUUAAUCUCGAAAUUAAGAAGACAUCUCCUGAAAAUGAAUUGAGACGAAAUGAACUCAUCAAUACUUAUGAUAGUAACUGUUUCAAAAAUUUCACGCCAUUGAAUGAUUGCUGUGAAACAGAUUGUCGUAAAUAUUCCAACCUACUUGAACAAUCAGUCUCCUCAAGUACUAAUAAAAAUUGCUGUACUAUACGAACAAUAGAAAAAAAUUCCACAGCAAACUAUAAAAACAUUACUUCAAUAAAAAAUACAAACUAUAAUAUGUCGACUGUGUUCGAGCUUGCCAAUGCAACCAUACAGACUAUUGCCUGUAUGGAUAAAUUAGACACUGUUUCUUCCACAACCAUGCCUGUUAUUAAGUCAUUCAGCUGCAGAAGUAGUUCUUCACUCGAGUUGGAUAAUUCUUCAUAUACAGCAAAUUCCAUAGUUAAGUCUGUAGCUCCUUCAACGACAAACACCAUGGAUAAAUUAAAUAUUAUUUCUUCUGUAAUGAAUCAUAGGGAAAAAUUGGACAGUGAUUUUUCUUCAACAAAUACUGCAGAUAAAACGAACGCUUCUUUAACAACUAAUCUCGGAAAUGAACUAGACGUAGUUAAGAAUCCUUCAGAAAAAUUCGACAAAGCUUCCUUAACAAUAAAUUCCAUCGAUAAGUUAGACAGAACUUUUGACCCAGUACCGAAUUCCAUAAUUCCAGUUUGUUCAACAGCAAAGGCCCAUCAUGAACAAAGCGGCUUUACCUCGCUCUUAGUCGAAUCAACAACUGCAAGAUUCUUUGGUAUUCAUUCUAUGUUUUAUCAGUCUGGACAUAUAUGGAGUAACAUUGUAUCAUUCUAUGUGCUUCAGCGGGGUGUUGUUAAUAAUACUUACAUACAAGACUCGAGUUGCAUGUGCGGCGCGGACUUCUGUAACAUUGAAUCUGAAUGUUUUGAAAUCAACUUAAAAGAGCCAAGUAAAGAAGUGAAAUAUCUACUGAUUUCAAUUUUUUUAGCUUUGAAUAUACUUGCAGUUUUACUUGUUGCUGUUUUCUUAGAUCCGUUGGAAAAUAGAAAGACCACUGUCCAUUAUUCCAUGGAUUUUGCUUUGGCAACAUUUAAUCAGCUAAAAAGACCUUUGCAACUUCUAAUCGUACCUUUAUCCAUCUACAUGGGAAUGUCACAAGGAUUUUUUUAUGCAGAUUACCCAAAGGCUUUCGUCGGUUGUGCGUGGGGUAUGCAUCAUGUUGGUUUAGUGACAAUAACAUUUGGCAUAACAUGUUCUGCGGCCUCUACCUUAUCUGGAUGGUUAGUGAAGCAUCUCGGAAGACGAACAAUUUUCUUGCUGGCCGGGAUAAUGAAUGUUGCUGUUAAUAUUAUCAUGUUGCUAUGGACUCCAGAUUCUAAUCGACCAAUCAUGUUUUUUGUUGUGGCUGGAAUGUGGGGAGUGAUAAUGGGAAGUUUCUGGUCUCAAUUAAAAGCAUUCCAUGGAGUUCUUUUCAAAAAGAAUGAAGAAGCUGCUUUUGGAUGUUAUGAAUUAAGUCAUUCCAUAGGAGCCUGCGUGUCUUUCGCUUGCAGCAACUAUAUUUGUCAGUACAUUAAAAUAUAUAUGUUGUUAUUUGUUUCAUCCAUUGGAUUAAUUGGAUAUCUAGUGGCAGAAAAAAUACGUCCACAAAAUAAAUAAAAUUUUAUUACAAAAAUUGAA